AUGAUGGCUGCGAAAAGAGUAUUUUCAGUCAUAGUUUUUAUGAUUUUAAGCAAGCUUAAGGAAGUACAGAGUGACGAAGUAUGGCAAAAAGAACAAUUCCCAAACCCAGCGAGAGAUAUCGAAGCCUGCGGUCGUCGAGGGAAGGUUUCGUGUAUCUGUGAUCCCGACAACAUUCUCAGCUACGAAACUGCUAACAAGGUCGAAGAGCUUCUGUUUUCUGUAAGGAAGAAUACAGUUUCAGGUUGUAGCACUAGCAGCGAAAAUCCUGGAUUUCAAAUUGGUGUUGCAGUUAUGAAGAAAAUGCAUUGCGUUCCAGAUGAAUCUAUCGCUGUUACAGCUGAAAAUUUCGCUAAACUCUUGCAUGACAGAUGGGGAGUUGGAAACGCGGGAUGCGAUGAUGGCGCGGUUCUCUUGCUUUCGAUCACAGACCGACAGAUUUAUGUGUCCACCGGAAGAGGAGCAAAGGAAAAGUUGACAGAUGACCAGAUCGAUGUCCUUAUCGAAGAAAUAAAGCCGUACUUGAAGAAGCAAAAGUACGACCAAUCUGUAGAGCUUGCGGUUGUAAGGAUGGGCGAAGUUUUCAGUGGAAAGGUUUUAAAACAGCCAAUCUCCGUCAUAUUUUUUGGGGUCGCUGCUUUUGGGCUGUACAUUGCAUUCAAGAGUGAAGAUGAGCGUUAUGAUUGCACCACAAAACUGGAAAGGAUCCAAGAGGAGCGAGACAGAGCUAAGCAGUGCCAGAAAUCUUAUGCAAGCAAGUCCUGCCCCAUUUGCUUGGAAGAAUUCCAGCCCGAGACCAAAACCAGACUGCUAGUGCGUGGUCACAAGUACUGCGAGCCCUGCUUAGUGAAGUGGCUGGAGGAUCAUGUCACUUGUCCAAUAUGCCGAAAGGCAGCGGACAGACGCGGUGGCGACGAUGGGGCCUGCCACUCAUCUAGUACCUUGGACUUCACUCCCGAGCUUCAGUUCAGACUGAUGAUGCUUCAGUUACGGCACCCAUUUUUUAUCACCAGCAGCAUGGUGGACAGGUGGAGUAGCAGCAGCUAUACAGGAAGCUUUCUGUCUGAUCCUCUCUUUUUCAGAUCAUCCAUGCCUGGUGGUGGUAGCUUUGGAAGUGGGAGUGAAUUUGGUGGAGGUGGAAGUAGUGGAGGUGGAGGACGAGGGGGAAGCUGGUAG